CCUGACACCGAGCAAAUCUGUCAGACAGAUCAGCCCAGGCCCCAGGAUGCAGUGUCAGAAGGCCUACUUAGCACCUGAAUCUUAUCUGACGAUGAUCAUCCCUAGGCUUUCACGGGGAAGAAAUGUCAGAAGCUGAUCCCGCGCAACGGAAAGCAUAAUCGAGAAAUUUAUUGACUGCCGAGAGGUCUAGCUAAUAGCAUAAGCGGCGGAGCCGUUUCAUUUUAGGCAAAAUGGCCUCCGCAUCGGGCUCCUCUUCCGCCUCAUCCUCAACCAUUUCCGCCUCCGCGGGGGCUUCCGCUUCCGCCUCCUCGUCGCUCGCCGCGGGGCUUGCGCGCAAGUUGCGGAAGGUCCUCGACACGCGCACGGAUUCCCCCGAGCUUCUAGCAGCGCUUGGCGCGCUCUCUUGCUUCUAUCGUGAAAACUCGCUUUCCAAUCGGCGCGCUUUAAAGUCCACUAUCGAGCGGAGAGGAUUGGCUAUCAACCAGGAAUUCCUUCAGGCGUCAGAAGCUGCUCAGAAGGCACUGGAUGUGGUGGAGGCGGAGGUGCGGGGCCUUGCAGAGUGCUGCGACAGAAUUGGCGGAGCACUGACCACAUGUGCGUCAACCACGGGAGACAUGGUGCUGGCAACAGAGAGGCUCAAACACGAGCUGGUUACCACCGUGCGCAGGCAGCAACUAGUGGCGUCAUUCCUCAAUAGCUACCAGCUUUCGCCACAGGAGGUGCAAGCAUUGAGAGAGGACGAGAUCAGUGAGCGGUUCUUUGAGGCGCUGAACCGCGUGCAUGACAUCCACGCCAACUGCAAGCUGCUGCUGCGCACCCACCACCAGAGGGCUGGCUUGGAACUCAUGGAUCUGAUGGCCGUGUACCAGGAGGGCGCGUACGAGAGACUGUGCAGGUGGGUGCAGGCGGAGUGCCGCAGCCUUGGCGACAGCGACGGGGACACACCGGAAGUCGGCUCUCUUUUGCGCACGGCAGCACAUUGCCUCAAGGACCGACCUGUGCUCUUCCGCUACUGCACUGAAGAGGUAGCCAACACGCGCCACAAUGCCUUGUUUCGCCGCUUCAUAGCUGCUCUCACUCGUGGUGGCCCGGGCGGCAUGCCUCGUCCCAUUGAGGUGCAUGCGCACGACCCGCUGCGAUACGUGGGCGACAUGCUGGCAUGGCUGCACCAGGCACUAGCUUCAGAAAAGGAACUAGCGGUGGCUCUAUUCGGCAGCACAGACAAGCCGCCUUCCACGUCAGCAGCAUCAGGGCCAGCAGGGAGGGGAGGAGGAGGGGGAGAGGGGGUAGCAGGGGCGGGGGGCGUGGACGCUGACGUGGCGGCGGUGCUGGACCGGGUGUUUGAGGGCGUGUGCCGACCGUUCAAAGUGCGUGUGGAGCAGGUGCUGACGGGGCAGCCAGGCCUCGUGCUGUGCUACAAGCUCUCGAGUCUCCUCUCCUUCUACUGCCACACCAUUGCUGAGCUCUUGGGAGAAUCAGCUGCUCUCUGCGUGGUUCUGAGGGAUCUGAGCGAGGCAGCAGGGAGGGCGUUCCUGGACGCCGUGAAGCUGAGGGGAGACCGCGUGCUGCGCUUCCCCCCUGCAGUCCCCACUGACCUCUCCCCCCCGCCCCUGGUGGGCGAGGGGGUGGCGGUGGUGCUGGAGCUGGUGCACGCGCAUGCGAGCAUGAUGGUGCCGGCUGGGGCUGGCAAGCCGGACUUUCUACCCGUUGCUGCAGCUCUGCUGGAUCCCCUUGUGGAGGUGUGCACACGGGCAGCGCAGACCCUAACAGCAAAAGUCGUCUCCGCCCUCUCCUCUGGAUGCUCUUCUCUCCCGCGCCGGGCCUCUGCUGCCACCACUCUGGGCAGCGCUGCAGCAGGCGCAGGGGGCGAGAGUGGGGCGCUGGGAAGGCGGGGGUCACUGCCCUUGAGCCGGCGGUCCACUGAAGGGGAGGCAGAUGGGGUGGAGAACACGGCUGUGAGCGUGGCACGGCACAUAUUCCUGGCCAACUGUCUGGCCACCAUGCAUGGGCCCCUUGCCCCUUUCCCAGUGCUCUCGCCGUACUCGCACGGGCUGGCAGCAGCCCUCUCAGAGCACGUCACCGCCAUGGUGCAGCUGGAGGUGGCGGCCAUUCUCGACCACUGCCUGCUCUCGCCGAUCCUCCGCCUCAUAGCGCAAGUCAACCAGGCCUCCCAGCAACAACAGCAGCAGCAGCAGGAGGCAGAGAAGGCUGGAGAAUCACCGCCGCAGCUCCCUCCUCUUGCGCUUCUCCCAGAGGCGUCCCCCUCUGCAGUGGCAGAAUCUCUUCAGCGGCUGUUUGCUCUCCUGGCGGGGGCCGAGGGGCGACUGCCUGAGUUUGAGGCGCUGGGCGUGGCGAAGCUGAGGGCGCAGGCCACUGGGCUGGUGGCGGGGGCCCUGGCGGAUGCGUAUGCGGCGGUUUAUGAGGCGGUGUGCGAUGAGAGGAACCAGUACCCUGAUGCUGGGGGGUUGUUGAGACAUACACCUGAGCACAUGCGGACGAUCCUGGGGAUAUGAGACGUGAUUAGACUGAGGAGAUUGGUUAGAGGUUUGAUGGAAAGGAGCUGCCUGAGCUUGAUGUAGUGGGAGGGACAAGCUGAGGGUGCAGGCGAAUGGGCUGGUGCUGGGGGUACUGGCGGACGCGUAUGCGACGGUUUAUGAGGCAGUGUGCGAUGAACGGAACCAGUACCCGAUGUUGGAGGGAUGCUGAGACAGACGCCCAAGUGGACGAUCCUGGGGAUGAUGUGUUAGGCUUGAUUUGAGAUUGUCGACUGUAGAUGCUUGAUAUGAGGUGUCUAUUGCAUAGGAGGCAAGUGUGACGGUGUUUUCUGGGGAUCGUGUAGCUGAAAGUCUUCAGGACGGGUGUACAGGUGUUUCGUAUGGCAGUACAUAGCAUGUUGAGUCGUGGAUGUACUAGGUGCAUGGGCUUGGUUGAGUUGACUUUCAUAGUGGAGUAAUGAUGUGCAUG